CCCCCCUUAUGUAUUAUACAUGGAGAUCAUAUCCCCCCUUAUGUAUUAUACAUGGAGAUCAUAUCCCCCCUUAUGUAUUAUACAUGGAGAUCAUAUCCCCCCUUAUGUAUUAUACAUGGAGAUCAUAUCCCCCCUUAUGUAUUAUACAUGGUGAUCAUAUACCCCCUUAAAGUGUUGCUAAACCACCUCCACAGCCUCCCCUCUGUCCAAGUGUACCACGUCCACCGUCACUCCUCUGUCCAAGUAUACCACGUCCACCGCCACUCCUCUGUCCAAGUAUACCACGUCCACCGUCACCCCUCUGUUCAAGUAUCCACCGUCACUGUCCACAACCCUGUCACAGCCACCCCUCUGUCCAAGUAUACCACGUCCACAACCACCCCUCUGUCCAAGUAUACCACGUCACAACCACCCCUCUGUCCAAGCAUACCACGUCCACAGCCACCCCUCUGUUCAAGUAUACCACGUCCACAACCACCCCUCUGUCCAAGCAUACCACGUCCACAGCCACCCCUCUGUCCAAGUAUACCACGU